CUUAGGCCAAGCAACAAGUAUCAGAAACACCCAUUUCUCUCGUGCCCCUCUCUCCACCUUUAUACUAUAAGACCUUCCACGACCCAUUUCCCAAUCGAUUCACCAAACACUUCCCUCGCCCCAACGCCCCCCAACGCCUAACACAAUGUCAGCAACACAACCAUCACAAAUCACCCAACCAUCCUCCUCUGACACCAACGCCCAAUCCAACCCCAACAACAAGCGCGUUCGUGAUUCCAGCAAGCACCCACUCUACCGCGGCGUAAGAAUGCGCGCUUGGGGCAAAUGGGUGUCUGAAAUCCGCGAGCCUCGCAAGAAAUCCCGCAUUUGGUUAGGAACCUUCCCCACACCAGAGAUGGCCGCUAGAGCCCACGACGUUGCUGCCUUGUCCAUCAAAGGUAAUUCCGCUAUUCUCAACUUCCCUGAACUCGCUCACUCCCUUCCCCGCCCUGUCUCCUUCGCCCCUCGCGAUGUUCAAGCCGCCGCUGCCAAGGCCGCCCACAUGGACCCUUUUCAGUACUCCACCGACGACUCCGACGAGCUCAGCGAAAUCGUCAAGCUGCCUAGUCUCACCACCAAUUACCUUAAUAACGAGUUCGUCCUCAUGGACUCCACCGAUGGCUGGGUUUACCCGCCCCCAUGGUUACGAACCAUGGACGAUUGCAGCUAC